AUGGCGGGGCCUGCUCCCUCGUCAAGUUCCUGGACGCCAAGGCAGAACAAAGUCGACCGCGUCAGCGAGUGGGACAACACACCCCUUCGGACAAGCGACAAUCUCCUCUCCUGGUAUCAGUCAAAGACGUCAGCGCCAGGAAGCGCAGUGAGAGCAGAUGGAAUCCCAGUCGAUCCAGCCAUCCGCCAAAGUGGAUCGCCGCAGCCAUCAACCAUCGCAUCGCCUUUGCCGGACGAGACCUUGAUGGACGUUUCGCAGUUCACAGCCGCCGAGGCUGAUGCAGGGGCUGCCAUCGACAUGCUUUCCGAGUACGAUGGCAGUACAUACUCGGAAAUGGGCAUGAGCAAAGCAGAGACGUUGGCCAAGUCGAGUGAGAACCUGUACUUCUGA